CCCCGAGCAGGCAGAAACGCCGGAAAUUCUACGGCUUUCUCCGCACCGUGCUUCACACUUGUGGUCCGUAUGGUGUACUUGUCGCUGCUAUCGGUCUUACCCAGACGAUCGUGAGCGGAAUGACGAACGAUCAACGCAAUGCCCUUUGUGAGAAAUUGGCAAGCCACAAAGACUGGCAGCUACCAGAUAGUCCACAUCUUCAGUCGUUCGUGGUGCAACUCCGAGCGCUCAGAUCCGUGUGCAUGACUCAGGAGAAGGGGAACAGCGGGCAUCCUCCUUGGGUCCCUUCAGAGUCUCUGCACGUUGGCGGGCAUGAUAUGGACCAGACAGUUGACGGGCAGGAAAUCCAUGGCACAACACGACACUUCCCUCUUAGUACGAAAGGCACAUGGCACAUUAUGUGGGUUGGCAUACCUGGCGGCCCUCGAACACUUAAGCACAAUCCGUACCUUCACGUCCCAGUCUGCUUCAAGGACUUGGAAAUCUUCGAGGAGACCAAUUCUCCGUUUCAAGCGCUUUCCAAAGCUGUAGUGGACAAUCUCAGAGUCAAACUAGGGCCUUGGUUUCUUGAGUACGACAACGACAAAUCUCGCAACGUGGCGUUUAUUCAUCAAUCAGUCUUGAUGAUGCUUUUCGCAGCCCAUUUGUCGGGUGCAACAGUCGAAUUUUAUAAUUGGGAGAUAGAUGAAGAGGCCUUCACACACAACGCUUUGGCCUCUAACCACGACCAGAUGCUCAUAUUCAUAUCCGACACGAGCUGCGACGAGACUGUGGAAAGCUUAUACAGAGUCACCCACUAUCUUGAAGCGGUAAGAUCCAAUGUUAGGGUUUACCCCAAGAGGUCAGAAUGGUCGUGGUGCCAACAAAAAGUUGGCGAUGUUAGAACGCUGGACGAUGUUGCUCGUGUGUCCAAAACAUGGCGGCCUAAGACGUGCUUCGGCCUGGGCGAAUGUUCGCUCACUCAGCCGCAAAGCGACCAGAUGGUGUUGAAAAGGAGCCACAGUUGUGCUAGCAGGGAGGUCAAUGUCGUGGCCAUGAAAAACCGCGACAAACUGCUUUGCAAGGCGCCAGUGGCAGAUCAGGCGGCUAAACGCGUGAAGCGCGGUCGGUAUCAGGGCGCACGGUUGCACAAGUUCUUAUACUUUCACCAAGAAUAUGUUCCGACGUUUCGAAGUACGGGAGAGUUCAGGGUCUGGGUGUGCGGUGGGCGGGUAGUCUGCGCCUUCAGGACCAAGGAUGACGACAAUUCGCCUGGCAAACCAAUGGCACUACGACAACUGGACAUGGACGACUACAGCGACUUCAACUGGUAUUCCCCCGAUAAGAGUGACAGGAGACGAAAGCAUGGCGAGCUCUUGCAAUUCGUAUUGGACACAGACUCUCGCAUCCGCCGGUUGAGGAACGACAAGUUUAACACCGUGCAAAUCGGGGCACGAUACGACUGCGGAAUCUCUCCAGACCAUCGCUUUUACGUCAAUGAGCUGACACGAUUCACCAACGCAGACACCUUCUCAGGAUUACUGGCACCACCCCAUGACCAGAUAAUAGGGCCUUUGGCCAAAAUGAUUGCCCAGAAGCUUUUAACAUAGUGCUGUAUUGUCAUCGAAUUCGAGUCUAAUAGCAAAAAACCUGUUUCCUUCG